GUUGCAAAAUGAACAGCAAAGAGUACAAGGUCGGAGAGACAUGGACUUCCCCUGAUGGCGAUAAAUGCAAAUCUUACAGUUGUAUCAAAAAUAAUAAUGGCGAGAUUAUUAAGCAAGAAUCAAUAGAAUCAUGUCAAAGGAAUUGUUCCAAGGGAUGGGAAUACAAAGAGUCAACCACAUCUUGUUGUGGAAUAUGUGAACCAGUUGCAUGUGUUUUAAAUGAUACCUUAAAAUAUGCAAAUGAUGAAUGGAAAUCCGAGGAUGGCUGUAUUACUUUCAGAUGUGAAUUUUUCAAUGACCAAAUGGCUGUGACAAGGUCAGAAGAAUCUUGUCCAAAUAUAGAUAACUGUCCUCCGCAAGAUGUUUACAUAAAGAACUGUUGCAAACAUUGCAACAUUACAAACGGUGUUUCUCAAGUAAGCUGUGAAUCAAGAGAGAUUAACCCGAAAGAAACGGUUGGUUUGGUGAAUGUCAAUCGCCCUUCUCAUGGUAACUGCGCUAAUAAAUAUGAGUUGAAGAAUUUCAAAGAGUGUAGUGGAAGGUGUCAUUCAUCAACUGUAUUCAAUUCAAAAACUGGCUCACACGAAUCGAAAUGCGAAUGUUGUCAAGCAACCAAAUACGAACCACUUUUUGUUGAAUUGGAGUGUGAAGAUGGUUACAAAUACAAGAAACAGAUAGCUGUUCCUGUAGAGUGCGGUUGUGAAAGUUGUUCUAAUAGCUUUACCAAAACAGGAGGCACAAAGAGCAGUAGAAAGACUGGUUAAAUGAUAUGAGUAAUAUCUACUGUUUGAAAAUGUUAUUUAACGUUUAUUAAUUUUCUGAAAUAUAUUUAAAUAUUUAUGCGGA